UCACGCCAUCCCCACUCUGCGGUUCCGCCUCUCUGGCUACCCAAAUCGUCUCUCUCUCUGGAUCACUAUUUGCACUUUCGUGUUCUUCAGAUUCAUGUUACUUCCUGACCUUGAUGGAGAUGGUUAUUUCUUUGCUUGAAUCGGAAGUUCUCGCCCAUGUACGCUCAUUGAGGAAGAGGAGGAUGAGAGAUGAAUCUCCGUAUUCUCUCUAAGACCACCAUCCGGAAAUCUUUCCAUGAAUCGGUAUCAAGGGCCUUUUCAUCAUCAUCACAACUAACAUUUGCACAGUUACCGUCGUUAUUUCUCGCCCCAUUACCGAGGCCGCCAUCACCUUCGGCUUCAGUGGUCCUAAACGGUGAGUGUCAAUCGGUUUCCGAGAAGAUCGUCGGCAUUCUGAAAGAUGAUACGCCCAUCGAUGCCGCGUUCCAUAAGUGGGCGGACGUCCUCUCCCAGGAAAUGGUGUCAUGGAUCCUCGCGGAGCUCGAUAACGUGAAGCGGGAGUUCCGUUUCUUCGCGUGGGCGAUGAGGGAGAAGCGUUUGAGGAGCUGGGCGUCCCAUGGGUUCAUGAUUCGGUCGCUGGUAAAGAAUCGCGGGUUCGAUUCGGCAUGGGAAUCGCUCGAGGAGAUGAGGAAGGGGCAUCAUCUGAUUGUACCGCAGGUGUUCGCGGUGCUGAUCUCGGCCUAUGCAGAGUCAGGCAUGGUGGAGAAGGCGGUUGAAGCGUUCGGGAAGAUGGGAGAGUUCGGUUCUCGGCCGAACACUUUCACCUACAACACAAUUCUCUGGACUCUCAUCGAAGAAAGGGUGUUUGAGCUCGCCCUCGCAGUUUACAAUCAGAUGGUAAAGAGGGAUUGCCGCCCGAACCGAUCGACCUUCAAUAUUCUGAUCGAUGGUCUCUGCAAGGCCGGGAGGAUGAGUGACGCCCUCUUACUGUUCGACGAAAUGACGGAAAAAAAUAUUCGUCCGGACACCAUGACCUAUACGAUCGUUCUUUCUGGACUCUGUAGAGCUAGAAGAAUUGAUGAUGCGCAGUUGUUGUUGAUGAACAUGGAAGAGAGCGGGUGUAGUCCGGAUGCCAUUUCUUACAAUUCGUUGUUAGAUGGAUUCUGUAAGGCCGGUAUGAUUGACAGAACAUCGGAAUUACUUCAAUCGUUUCGGAAAAAUGGCUUCAGUUUAGGAUUGAAUGGUCAUAGUUGUUUGAUUGAUGGAUUGUUUAGAGCUGGUCUGUUUGAUAACGCUUGCAAAUUAUUUAGGAACAUGGUAACGGAGGAAAUAGCUCCUGACUGUGUUCUCUACACCAUUAUGAUCAAAGGGUUAUGCAGUUCGGGCAGACUAGACGAUGCUUUUGGAAUCCUGAAAGAGAUGACAGAAAAGGGACUCGUUCCUGACACAUAUUGCUAUAACACGUUGAUUAAAGGUCUUUGCGAUUGUGGUUUUCUGGAUCGAGCUCGGUCGCUCCAGCUUGAGAUUUCGAAAACCGAUUGCUUCCCCGAUUCUGCGACGUAUACAAUUCUCAUCUGCGGAUUGUGCAAGGAAGGUUUAAUUUCUGACGCCGAGAAGAUAUUCAACGAGAUGGGGAAGCUCGGAUGUCUUCCCACAGUAGUGACAUUCAACUCCCUCAUAAAUGGGUUAUGUAACGCUGGGCAUCUACGGCAAGCGCACAUUUUGUUCUAUAGGAUGGAAAUGGGGAGCAAUCCUUCCCUCUUUCUUCGUCUAUCACAAGGUGCUGAUCGUGUUCACAACAAGGAUGAACUUCGGGAGAUGGUUGAGAAACUCUGUGAUUCUGGGCAAAUUCUCAAGGCUUACAAGCUCUUGAAGGGGCUUGCUGCGAGUGGAGUUCUUCCAGAUAUAGUAACCUACAAUAUAUUGAUCAAUGGCCUCUGCAAACAUAAGAACAUUGAUGGAGCGUUCAAGCUCUUCAAUGAGCUGCAGAUAAAGGGCUACCAACCUGAUUCAAUCACCUAUAAUACCCUCAUUGAUGGUCUUCAACGGGUCAAUAGAGACGAUGAUGCCUUCAGCGUGUUCGAGCAGAUGGUUAAAUAUGGCUGUACUCCAGGCCUGGAGGUUUACAAUGCAGUCAUGGGUUGCCUGUGCAGAAAGGGGAAAGUUGCUCAAGCAUGCACUCUUUGGUUGAGGUACGUAUCAUCUCAGGCCAAUCAUUCUGACAAAGAAGCAAGAACAAUAGAAGUAGUGCAGGGAUAUGUGGACCAAGGGGACGUAGUUGGUGCAGUUAAAGAGCUGGUAGAUUUGGACGUCAGACGCAACAUGUCUGAUUCGUCACCAUAUGUAAUUUGGCUUGUUGGCUUGUGCAAGGCUGCAAGAGUAGAUGAAGCACUGGAGAUUUUUUAUAUUCUUCAAGAAUGCAACCUUGACAUCAGUCUCAGCACUUGUGUAGUGCUUAUAAAUUGCCUCUUGCAGGAAGGGAGGUUACUUUUAGCUAUAGAAGUAUUUUUGUACGCAUUAGGGAAGGGUUUUAUAUUAACCCCGCCAAUAUGCAAUAGAUUGCUACGGCAUCUUUGCUUAAGUGACAGAGAGAAGGAGGCUCUGGAAAUUGUGCAGAGAAUGAGUGAUGCGGGAUAUGAUUUAGAGAUUUACCUUCAUCGUUCUACGAAAUCUCUUCUGUAUGAUUGGAACAGAUGAUAAAGCCAUGGUGGAUUUUGCCCUACCCAUGUUCCCAGUUGUUUGGCAAUCACUGUUUCCUGUAUCUAAAUUAAAACUCCGAUUUUUACCGUGCUAGCUGCUACAAUAGAAGUUGUAGUUUCAGAUUUUGCAUGUUCGGCUCCUGGCGAAAUACUCCUGUGCUUCGAUCGUUAUUUUAUGAAAAUUGUAUAUACUUUUAGAGUAUUGCUUGGUUACAGUCAACA